AUGACACUAAUCACGCGUUUCACUGGAACUUUGCUCUCUGUUCUUGACCACCACCACCGCCUCCCUGCUCCCCCGCUCCUGACUCCUUCCCUCCCGGCGACGACGACGACGACGGCUCGACGCUACAACUCCUGGCUGUGCUGUACCCCGCUCAGCGACACCGCAGUGAGCUUGAGCGAUUCGCUUGUAUUGUCUGGUGUUGAGAAGGAGACAUCUGGGCGCAGAUUCUCUGAGCGAGUGAGUAAUUAUCUGAGCAUAUAUGCUACUUAUCUUAAAGAUUUGACUUUCCAAUUAAGUGUUUUUCGUGGCAUACAUGCGCAUAUAUGUGAUGUAUCUUCCAAUUCUGACAGUGCUCGAAUGCUUGGUGUCUUCCCCGAUGCCCAGGCCGAUGACGGCGCGGAUUAUUGGUCGAUACCGUCAAAACGAUGUCAUAUCGCUUGGGAGACUGGAUUUGCACGGGGAUAUGCCCUCCGAGUCGUUGCCACCCUCCGCGCCAUAGCAGUCAAAGUCGCCUUGGUUACACGCAAGCUCCUCGCAGCCGCAGCCAUCACCACAACUCUUCGCACGCCACCACCACCGAUGGUGAGCAACUUCACCUCUCGUCAACGCCCGUUGAGAAGGUAUGCUGAGUGUCAUUGUCAUGAUCAUCCUGAUUCGUCUCCUCAAGACGCAUAUACUGGCGGUUUCCAUGACUACCGUUUUUUAUGUCACCCACUUGCUCACGGUCUUCCACAUGAUGGCCUAGUAUGGCCUCGCAUGGUGUCAGGAGCCAUGCAAGAAACCGGUGCCAUGCAAGGCCUAUCACCAGGGAUCCUCUCAUGGCCAUUUAUGGCCUUACGUGGAACCUGA